AUGUACAGUCGAGCCAGAACGUAUGUACGAACCGCCGCCGGGAAUUCCGACGAGUUCAAUGUGGCAGUGGGCUUACACCAAGGGUCUGCACUAAGUCCCUAUCUCUUCCUGCUUGUGAUGGAUGCCUUGACAUCGGAGAUACAGGAAGAGCCCCCUUGGUGUAUGCUGUUUGCCGAUGACAUAGUGCUCGUCGGAGAAAACGGGCUCGAGGUCCAAAACAUACUGGAGAAAUGGCGAUGCAAGUUGAAGAGUGUUGGCCUAAAAAUCAGCAGAUCGAAAACCGAACAUCUGUUCUGUGAUUUUGGUGGUCUCUCCAAUUUUACACCCAUUUCCCUCGACGGAACACCUUUGCCAGUAUGUCAAGACUUCCGAUACCUAGGGUCUGUUAUCCAAAGGUGA